CGCUGCUUCAGUCCAGAAGGGAAGAGCUCACGGUCGAGAUGUCUUUGAGCGUCCAGCCCAUCCAGUGGACCACUGAUUACAAGGAUACAAAUUAUGAUGGCAUCCUUCUGGUGACGCAGAACAUUGACAGUCUCCCCAAAGAGCUGGAGGGUCUGAAAGAUCCUCUGCAGGACUAUGGAGCAGUGGACAGUGGGCUGGGAGAGGAAGUGGUCGUCCUAAAGGUUCCUAACUUACCAGGUAACAGAUUGGUGUUUGCUCCCACUGGGCCAGUCAAUCGGGACUAUGAUGACGUGAGACGAUUCAGCGAUGCUGCUGGAAACGGAAUUAAGAGGGCAAUUAAAGCAGGCAUACAGCGCCCUCUGCUGGUGUGUCCUCCACACAGCAGCUAUGAGAGGAGCACUUUGGUGGCUGUACUGGGAGCUUUACAGGUGCUCUACAUGCCAUUGGAACUGAGGGAGGUGAAGACCUCCCCUCAUAAGGUGGCAGUGCUGGGUGUGUGGGUGACGGAGCAGACGCAGGGGGAGCAGAUCACUGAACUGGCCUCUGCUCUGGAGAGUGGCAGGUUUGUGUAUCGGGACAUUGGUGGCUCUGAUCCAGAGCGUAUGGCUGCACCUCGCGUGGCUGAGUAUGUUAAAGAGCUCUUCAAGAACUCGCCUGUGCAGGUGAAGGUAGUGAGUGAUUUGAGCACUCUGGAGAAAGAAUACCCCUGCCUGGCUGCAGUCAAUCGAUGUGCUAAUACUGUGCCGCGUCAUCAGGCCAGAGUGAUUCACCUUGAGUACUGUGGAGAGGGACCCAUUCAGAAGACCCUUAUGGUGGUGGGCAAGGGCAUCACCUAUGACACAGGCGGAGCGGACAUUAAGGCUGGAGGGGUCAUGGCUGGAAUGCAUAGAGACAAGUGUGGAUCCGCUGCUGUCGCUGGAUUCUUCCAGAUUUUGGCCAAACUGAAGCCCAAACAUCUGAAAGUCGUGGGUACCAUGGCGAUGGUGCGCAACAGCGUCGGCUCAGACUGCUACGUGGCUGAUGAACUGAUUGUGUCUCGAGCGGGUCGUAGAGUGCGUGUGGGAAACACUGAUGCUGAAGGCCGGAUGGUCAUGGUGGACCUUCUCUGUGAGAUGAAGGAGAAGGCAGUGAAAGAAGCGUCUCCACAUCUGUUCACCAUUGCCACCCUGACUGGUCACGCCAUCAGAGCCAUGGGACCAAACUACUCUAUUAUAAUGGAUAAUGGAGCUGCUCACCGCUCAGGCAAUGCCUUACAGUGGCAGAAAGCGGGCGAGGUUCUGGGCGAUUUGUUUGAAGUGUCCACCAUCCGUCGGGAGGAUUAUGAUUUCCACAAAGGAAAGUCAGAGUAUGAGGACAUUCUUCAGUCCAAUAAUCUGCCCUCCUCUGCCACGCCCAGGGGACACCAGGCCCCCGCAGCCUUCCUCAUCAUGGCCUCUGGACUGGACAAGCAUGGAGUCGACUCUGACAGACCCCUGCCCUACUCCCACAUUGACAUCGCUGGAUCCAGUGGGCCCUUCCCAGGAGUCCCCACUGGGGCCCCUCUGCUUGCCAUGGCAACCAAAUACAUCCUUCAGCCCUGAGCUGCCACCCAUCCAUUCUUCUGUUCAUUUAUCCACACAUCCCUCCAUUUUGGCCUAGUGCAUUUGUCCAGUUCAGUGAUCUGAAGUCCGGCCUCAUUCAGUACGUCUUGCUUUAACAGAAGCUUCUCAGGUCCUUGAUCAAUCAGUUGUUCCUGUAAAACUAGGUUGAUAUCUUUCACUGUUCACUCUCUGUCCAUGCAAAGCAUCUCCAUCCAUUGCUUUCUCUUCUCUGUAUUUCCAUGCUUUUACUCCAUCCAUCAAAAGUCACGUCCCUUUAGACUCUACUCGGUGCCGUCCUCAAUCUUCAGCCAAAUCCAGCCUGAUCACUUCCCUCACAGCCUUUCUGUACAUUUAAGUACUGAUACAUUCAGCCUUACCCUCAUAAGGUCUUGAGGAAAGAUGUAUGGGAUGGGUCAGUGCUGGAUUUUGCUCUAGUUUGUAAAUCCGUCCCUUUUUCUGUACUGAUUUUUCUGAGUAAAGAGCAUGAAUAUGUUUGAAUCCAACAUUCUGAAAUAAAUCACUUUUAGCAAGGAAA